AGCUUUUCCAAACACAGCUUUCAAACAUGGCGAAACGCAAGCGAGAGAAUGGUGCUGCUAGGUGGGACAGUGCAAUGGAGGGAAGGUUUAUUGAGCUAUGGCAACAAUACUCCUGUCUCUAUGAUGUCUCCGCGAGGGACUACCACGACAGACUCAUAAAAGAUCAAUGUUGGCAAGCGAUAUCUGAGGCGCUUCAUCAACCCAUUGUUGAGGUCCAAACAAAAGCUACUUCUCUCCGAACACAAUAUUCCAGAAUACUUCAUCCAAAGAACGGAGACAAGGAAUUAACUUCCAGACAGAGGUGGAUUUUAAAUAGCCUGCAGUUUCUACAACCUUUUAUUGUCCAGCGAGGAUCUCAGUCUGCAUUGACUCUGGAUGACUUGGAACACGUCAUCACGGAUGAGGGUGGAGAAGACCAGCAGGAGAUAGAGAAAGAUGUGUCCGAGUCGUCCACGUCCACCCCUCACCACACAUCUAGACCGUCAACUCCACUAACCUUACCUGAACCUUCAUCAUCCCACCAUCGUCAAGUUGCAAACCAUAAUCCAGAGAGACAACAUUACAGCAAGUCCAAAAAAAAGUCGAGAGACAUAUCACUGGAUGAACUUGAAAGGGAGAAAGUAAACAUUUUAAAAAAUGUGUCUGAAACGCUGCUAGAUGUCAGUCAUGAUGUCGAUGAAACAUUUGGCAGACAGGUGAUAACUGAGAUGAAGCUGAUCAAAAACCCACUGACCAAGAUGAGACUGCGUCGCAGCAUCCUUAUGAUGUUAUAUGAUGCACAUGAACAUGAGAUGAAACUACAGUCACAUUCAGACUCCCAGCAAGCGUUCUGGCCCCAAACACCUUGGCAGGGACACACAAAUCAUAAACAAAACAUUCAGACCGUGGAUGAUGAUCUGCAUGCGUGUGUCCCCCCUGUCCAACCGGCUCCUGCACAGACUGAAAAUGAUGUAUCCGCAAGGAACUCAGUGGCUGAGCAGGAAGGGAAAUAUUUGGCUACUGAAAAAGAUGAAGAGGUUGAAAAUGAUGCAUCCAAAAUAAAUUCAGUGACUGAGAGCUGGUUAUUUUAAAAAGAGGAAGGUUUGCAAACACAUAUCGACUUUUCUUGAAAUCGCUUGAACACACAGAAUGAACGUUUUUUGCUGAAAAGCCUGUUUCUUUACUUCUGUAAGAAGGUUGAAAAUGAUUUAUUCAUACAAUGAUUUCAGUCACUAAGCUGCCGUGGAAAGAGCUGGUUGUUAAAAAAGAAGAAGAAAUUGAAAAUGAUCUGUCCUCCCUAAAUUCGCAGAGCAGCAGUGGAUAGAGCAGAUUAUUAAAAAAAGAGGAAGAGAUCAAAUCCACAGUGGAGUUCACCUGGGAUCCAGACUGAUGGUUACAACUAGAGGUCGACCGAUAUGCUUUUUCUCUGGCCGAUGCCGAUGCCGAUUUUUUAGAAAUCAGGGCAGCCGAUGGCCGAUAUGUUUGGCCGAUUUUCUAUAUGUACAUAAUAAUCAAAAUGUUCUCAUCAUUAUUAGCAGAUAUUUUAAAUGCAAAAAUGUCACUAUUUAAGUCAAAGUAUUUAAAAAUAUAUGACUGGUCUUUCUGAAGAGUUUUACAACCUCCUCUGCACCAUGCAUUUAUCAGACACAGAUAUUACCUGACACUCUGCUGUCAUCAUCUUUGAUCAGUUUUUUACCAUGGCUUUUAUUGCUUUGUAGGAUAAAAUCCUUAUUUGGUAGACCUGAUAAAAUAUUUAUUCAUCAUAAAGUUAACAUAGUAAAUGUCUAUGGUUUUUAGUUGAGACUGUUAUUUAGGGCAAAUCUUUUUAAACACAUUUACAUUCUCAUUUCUGAGGCGCUAUAAGUGACUGAUUGUGCUGACAGUGACGUCUUGUGACUUUAGUGUUGGGACAGAUCUGUUGUUUCAACCGUUCAUUCAAACGAAUCCGUUCAAAGGAGUCAGUUCGCGAAUCGGACGCGCUGUGUUCUAAUCCAGGCUGAACAGCGCAAAACUGUAAACAAAGUGUUACUGUAACAACACGAAAAACAUUUCCUCGGUGGAUAUGAUUUGGUCUUCCGACCUUUCGCCAUCGGGUCAGUUUUGUUUUGAUUAAUAAAAGCAGGGAGACAGAAAGCGUGCGGGCGCGGCUCUUCUCUCUCUGUCACGCAAACAAAACUCAUCAUCACUCAUUAAUCACAUGAAAUGAGCCUAAUCUUUGCACGGACAGUGCACCGCGAGACAUAACCCCGUCGCGCUGUUGUACUGGCUGUUGUACGCGCGAUCCCCAUCAUUUAGUAAAGCUGUUUGUGAACGAGGCAUGGCUGCACACACACGAGACGGGAGCGAGCUGCUUGCAGCAAGAGGCAGGCAGCGUCACGAGCUCUACAACAGCGCUUAGGUGCCCGCAGAUGCGCCUGCCUAUUAAUCGGCCUAAUUUUGCAGCAAAAUCGGCCAAAGCCGAUUUUUUAAAAUAUGCCAAAAAUCGGCCAAUUAAUCGGCCGGCCGAUAAAUCGGUCGA